AUGAUAAUGAACAACCAAACUGUCAUCUCCCAGUUCCUCCUCCUGGGCCUGCCCAUCCCUCCAGAGCACCAGCACCUGUUCUAUGCCCUGUUCCUGGCCAUGUACCUCACCACUGUCCUGGGGAACCUCAUCAUCAUCAUUCUCAUCCUACUGGACUCCCAUCUCCACACACCCAUGUACUUCUUUCUCAGCAACUUGUCCUUCUCUGACCUCUGCUUCUCCUCUGUCACAAUGCCCAAAUUGCUGCAGAACAUGCAGAGCCAAGUACCCUCCAUUCCCUAUGCAGGCUGUCUGACACAAAUGUACUUUUUAAUAGUUUUUGCAGCCAUGGAGAGCUUCCUUCUUGUAGUCAUGGCCUAUGACCGCUAUGUAGCCAUUUGCUUUCCCCUUCAUUACACCACCAUCAUGAACCCCAAGCUCUGUAUGUGUCUGAUGGUACUAUGCUGGGUACUUACCAUGCUGUAUUCCAUGUUGCACACUUUACUUUUAGCUAGAUUGUCAUUCUGUAAGAACAGCAUGAUCCCACAUUUUUUCUGUGACAUAUCUGCCCUACUCAAGUUGGCCUGUUCUGACAUCCAUAUUAAUGAAUUGAUGAUAUUUACCAUUGGAGGGCUUGUUACUGUUGUCCCAUUCUUACUCAUCAUUGUGUCCUAUGUACAUAUUGUCUGCUCCAUCCUAAAGGUUUCAUCUACUCGGGUUAUCCACAAGGUCUUCUCCACCUGUGGCUCCCACCUUUCUGUGGUCUCACUGUUCUAUGGGACAAUUAUUGGUCUCUACAUAUUUCCAUCAACUAAUAAUUCUACUGUGAAGGAAACUGCCAUGGCCAUGAUGUACACAGUAGUGACUCCCAUGCUGAAUCCCUUCAUCUACAGCCUGAGGAACAGAGAUAUAAAAGAGGCCCUAAUUAGAGUCUUUUGCAAGAAGAAAAUCUCUUUAUAA